AUGCCUGAACCACCGACAACAGGUAAGCGGAGCCGCAGGCGGCGGAGAGUGAGGGAAAAACCUUUUGGGCACAACGCCACCACAUCUACUCACCUACACUGUACCUGGCCCACUCAGGCUGCAGGACACAGGGCAGAAAGCCGGAAGCAUCGUCCACUUUCACAGAGGUGCAAGCGUCGCAAGCGACAGAAGACCACCAGCCCCUCCGUCACUCACGCACGUGGAGAAAACUCGGGCUCCAGAGGAAGCCGAGUUUGUGGCCAAGAGAUGCAGGCCUGCACACCAGCCUGGGGCUGGAAGGACAUCCUCACUGGCAUCUGCAGAGCGGCAGACCGCCGAAGCUCCUUGACGGGCACAUACCGUUUUCAUAAAGAGGGCAUCGGAUGA